CACACACACACACACACACAACCCAAAGCUAAAAUAAAAUGAAAUUUCCUUCUUAAAAAUUAGAAUUAAGCAAGUGGGUGAUAUUGCCUCCAUGAGACAUCAAGAAACAAUAAAACAAAAUCAAAUGAAUAAAAAGAUGAAGAAAAUGUUCAAUAGUUUAAUGGAAAAAAUAACUGACCUAGAAAAUAGAUCAAGGAGAGAUAAUUUUAAAAUUAUUGGGCUACUUGAAAUCUAUGAUUUUAAAAAGAGAAAAAGUGAUUAGACAACAAAUUUCAAGAAAUUAUCAAGGAAAACUGUCCUGACAAAACAGAAUCAGAGAGUAAAAUAAAAAUGGAAAGAAUUCACAGAUACCAAAAUGAAGAGUUCCAGAGUUCCCAGAUCAAAAAGAAAAUAUUUUAACCAGCCAGAAAGAAAUACUCCAAAUGUCAUAGAACCACAGUUAGAAUUACAUAAGAUUCUUCUAUAUUAUUUUAAAUACAUCUUCUACUUUAUUACACAUACACAGUCUGCGUAAAGGAAAUAGAGGCUUGAAAUAUGAUAUUCCAGAGGAUAAAGGAGCUAGGAUUACAAUAAAGAAUCACCUACCAAGUAAAACUGAGAGUAAUCCUUCAGGGGGAAAUGGAUAUUUAAUGAAGUAAAGCUGAAUAGAAAAUCUGACAUUAAAUCACAAGACUCAAGAGAAGAAUAAAAAAGUAAAAAAUAAAGAGAAAUCACAAGGGACUCAAAGUUACACUGUUUAUAUUAUUAUAUGGGAACAUGAUAUAUGUAAUUCCUAUGAAUUUGACCACUAUUAAGGCAUUUAAACGGGGUUUACAUAGAGACACACAGAAUUAAAAUAAAGUGCUGAAGCACAUCUAUUAUGCUUCAGCUGAAAAAACAAAAACCCAAUAAGCAGAGAUAGUGAUAAUGACCUAAGACAAAACAAAAGCAAAAAUAGGUCUAAUUAAAAGGGAUAGUUAGGGAAACUACAUUUUGCUAAAAGGCGCCAUGGACAAUGAAAUAAGAUCGUACUUUUUACAGCAAGUUUCUCUCAUGAAGACCUCAUUUUGCUGAUCCAACCAUUCUGGAGAAAAACUUGGAACUGUGCCCAAAGAGGUAUAAAACUGUACAUAUCCUUUGAUCCAGUAGUGUUACUACUGGGUCUGUUUCCCAAGUAAAUCAUAAAGGAGAGAAAAGGACCCACAGAUGCAAAAAUGUUUGAAACAGUUUUUUUUUUUUUGUGGUAACAAAGAAUUGAUAAAUAAGUAGAUGUCCAUCAGUUGGGGGAUGACUGAACGAGUUGUGGUGUAUGAAGAUAAUGGAAUAUUAUUAUUCUAUAAAAAAUGAUGAACAAGCUGAUUUUAGAAAGGCCUGGAAAGAGUUACAUGAACUGAUUCUGAGCAAAAUAAGCAGAACCAGGAAUCCAUUGUGUUAAGGGACAGUCAAUUCUCUGAGAGAUUCCACAGCUGUGGAUCAUAGUGUCUGAAGGAGUUGCAGAGGAGCCUUUGCUGACACAGGUGUUGUGGACUGGGAAUGAAAUAAAUUGGAGGCAGAGGGGGGAGGAGGAGGGAGAUCAGAUAAUGCAUGGCCUCUCAGUCAGAGAGGCUUCUCUGCAGCAAUGGCCUCUCAGUCUCCUUGUAUCAUCCUCUCACAAGAUGGGAUCCAUUCUGGGAUGGAUCUCCAGCAGCCAUUGUCAAAUGGCUCCCGUGUAUUUCAGCAGCUCUCCCAUGUAUUCCAACACAUUGUAUAUAGUAACAGCAAGAUUGUGUGAUGAUUGACUAUGAAAGACUUGGUUCUUCUCAGUGUUUCAGUGAUGCAAGGCAAUUCCAAUAAACUUCGGAUAGAAAAUGCCACUAUGGAGACUGAUUGUAAAUCAACACAUGCUUUGUUCAUUUCUUUUUUCUGUUUUUUCUCUCUUGUGGUUUUUCUCUUUUGUUCUGAGUUUUCUCUCCCAACAUGAUUCAUAAGGAAAUGUGGAUUUUAAAAAAUUAAAAUACAUAUAUAACCAGAAAAAAUAAAACACUUAAUAUUUUUAAAAGACUUAAUUUCUCAAAUAUAUGUUGAAUAUAGAACUGAGUAAAACUUAUAAAAUUAAGAGCCCUUCCCACAUUGAUAAAUGGUAAAGGACAUGAACAGGUAAUUUUUGGAAGAAAUUAAAGCUAUAGUCAUAUGAAAAAAAAUGCUUUUAUGUUUAUUCAUUGGAUAAGUGCAAAGCAAAUCACCCUGAGAUAUUAUCUCAAAUCUAUCAGAAAUGACAAAUGCUAGAGGGGAUGAGGGAAAAAUAGGUACACUAAUGCACUGUUGCACUUAGUUUUGGAACUAAGCUCAAAGGAAUAGCAAAUUGUGCAUACUCUUUGACACAGCAAUACCAUUACUAGGUCUAUAUCUCAAAAAGGUCAAAAGAAAAGAAAAAAGAAUGAACAGACAAAUUUCAGAUGAAGAAGUUGAAACCAUUUUAGUCGUGUGUAAAGGUGUUCUUAAUCACUAUUGAUCAGAGAAAUGAAAAUUAAGACAACUUUGAGAUAUCACUACACAUCUCUCAGAUUGGCUAAGAUGACAGGAAAAAAUAAUGACAAAUAUUGGAGGGGAUGUGGGAAAACUGAAUACUAAUGCAUUGUUGGUGGAAUUGUGAAUGGAUCCAACCAUUCUAGAGAGCAAUUUAGAACUAUGCCCAAAACGUUAUAAAACUGUGUAGUCUCUUUGAUCCAGAAGUGUUUCUACUGGGCCUGUAUUCCAAAGAGAUCUUAAAGGAGGGAAAGUGACCCACAUAUGCAAAAAUAUUGUGGCAGCCCUUUUCUAGUGGCAAGAAACUGGAAACUGAGGGGAUGCCCAUCAAUUGGAGAAUAAGUUAUGAUAUGUGAAUGUUAUGGAAUAUUAUUGUUCUGUAAGAAAUGACCAACAGGAUGAUUUCAGAGAGGCCUGGGGGGACAUACAGGAACUGAUGCUGAGGGAAGUGAGCAGAACCAGGACACAGCUCUUUUCAACAAUGAAAUAAUUCAGGCCAGUUUCAGUGAUCUUGUGAUGAAGAGAGCCAUCUACACCAGAGAGAGAACUGUGGUAACUGAAUGUGGAUCACUACAUAGUAUUUUCACUCUUUUUGUUGUUUGCUUAUAUUUUAUUUUCUUUCUCAUUUUUUAAAAUUUGAUUUGAUUUUUCUUGUGCAGCAAGAGAAUUGUAUAAAUAUGUAUGCCUAUUUUGGAUUUAACAUAUAUUUUACCAUGUUUUACAUAUAUUGGAUUAUAUGCCAAUGUAAUCUAGGGGAGGGGGUGGGGGUAAGGAGGGGACAUUAGAACACAAAGUUUUUCAACGGUCAAAUGUUGAAAAUAAAAAACUUCAAUAAAAAAAGAAAAGGAAAAAGACAUGUGUAAAAAUAUGUGUAGCAACUCUCCUAGUGGUGACAAAGAAUUGGAACUUGUAUAAUCGUCUUACUCUAUUUUUCUUACUUAAAAAAAAUAAGGCUAAUAUGCCAAUUGUUUUGUAUUUCACAUAUAUAAUUGAUAUAUUACUUGUCUUCUCGGUGAGUAAAGGAUAGGCUGGUAGGGAAGGAGAGAAUUGGAACUCAAAAUUAAAAAGAAAAAAGAUUAAAUGAGUUUUUGGUUUUUUUAAGAAAUUAAAGCCUAUUUGGGCUAGAGCCUAGGGCAGUCUAUAGCCUAAAGACUAGCAACCAAAUUAAGGACAGCUACAAGGGAUAGCUGUAAACUUUAAGGAGGAAGUGAGCACGUGUCCUUUGUUAUUGAUAGUGCAGCUGCACCACAGUAUAAAAGCCGGGAGCAGAGAGGGGCUACCACAACCCACUGACUCCUCUCUCUCUUGAGACCUUCCUCCCCUGUGGACACCAAUCUCUUCCAAUCUCUCAGCAUCAUGAGCUGCUGUGGCUGUUCAGGAGGCUGUGGCUCCAGCUGUGGGGGCUGUGGCUCCAGCUGCUGUGUGCCCGUCUGCUGCUGCAAACCUGUGUGCUGCUGUGUGCCAGCAUGCUCGUCCUCUAGCUGUGGUGGAGGCUGCAAGGGAGGCUGUGGCUCCAGCUGUGGAGGCUGCAAGGGAGGCUGUGGCUCCAGCUGUUGUGUGCCCGUUUGCUGCUGCAAACCUGUCUGCUGCUGUGUGCCAGCCUGUUCCUGCUCCAGCUGUGGUGGAGGCAGCAAAGGAGGCUGUGGCUCCAGCUGUGGGGGCUGCUGUCAGUCCAGCUGCUGCAAGCCCUGCUGUAGUCAAUCCAGCUGCUGCCAGUCCAGCUGCUGCAAGCCUGUCUGCUGCUGUGUGCCUGCUUGCUCCUGCUCUAGCUGUGGUGGAGGCUGUGGGGGUUGUUGCCAGUCCAGCUGCUGCAAGCCCUGCUGUAGCCAAUCCAGCUGCUGUCAGUCCAGCUGCUGCAAGCCUGUCUGCUGCUGUGUGCCUGUUUGCUCCUGUUCCAGCUGUGGUGGAGGCUGUGGGGGUUGUUGCCAGUCCAGCUGCUGCAAGCCCUGCUGCAGCCAAUCCAGCUGCUGCCAGUCCAGCUGCUGUAAGCCCAGCUGUUGCCAGUCCAGCUGUUGCAAGCCCUGCUGCUGCUAGUCCAGUGUAAGAUUUGCUGCCAGUGUAAGAUCUGAGGCUCCCAUAAUCCCCUCUCCAUUCAACCGUGAGGAAAAUUUGCCCUGCCUCAACAAGACACCUCCUCCACUCCCAGCUCCCACCCACAGCUCCUGUCUCAGCAUCCUUGCUGAUGACCUAGACCCCAGGACCAUCAGGGAACCCUGAGUCUGGGAUUUCCUGAUCUCCUUUCUUAGCCAGGAAACAGCCCUGCCACAGGAGCACUCCAUAUCCUCAUCCUCCCAUCCUUCAUAUGCUCUCCCACCUCCUUAGCCAAGGAGACAUCACCCUGCCAAGAACAACCGGCAAAGGGCUGCCCAGCAAACCAUGCAGACCCCCCGGGGAACCUCUAGGUCAUCUCCAAGGAUCAUCUGCCCUGCCCCCAAAUGUGGGGCCAUCAUUGCAGAUUGCUGAGUUGCCUCCCAACAGCCUUCAUUCCUGGACUCCCCAACUUUCUCCUCCAAAGGGUCUCUUUGCUUAUUUUGGGCUCCUUUGGCUGUCCCUGGAAACCAGGGAAAUCAUUUUGUUUCAAUAAACAUUAUCCUUAACCCUGAAAAUAUCUUGCUUUCCUUCACAAAUCUCUUGGGGCAAUCUGCAGUCUGUGCUCUGAGCACUUAGUCAGCCCUUUUCAUAGGCAGGUACAUCUGGGGCUCUUGGUCUGUCACAGUGGGAUAUGGGGGGCACUGGCCCCAGAACUGGUUCCUUUGCCACAUUCCUCUUGCCUUCGAUCAACACUGAGUGACUUCUCCAAGGGAGAAGAGCUCAAACUUUUAGAGCCCAUUCCAGGCACACAGCACUUGACUUCGAAGGAGUUGGGCCUCCAUUUUCCAAGGAAAACUCUCAAUGGCUUAAGAGGCUGCCCCAAUAUCUCCUGCCUGCCUUUGUCCAGUCAGCCUGGGCUUUAGAAGGAUGCAGGUAG